AUGGUAGUGGAAUUAAAUACAAGACAACCCCAGGAGGGUACCAGCACCCCUGGAGAAUCCCUCGCUGAGCAUCCACGAACAAACUACUUCACUCCUGAGCGUGGGUGCUCAGGCUGCCCCGCGUAUUCUGGGGGGGGCAAAAUUCCGCUCGUGACUAAUGCUGCUCGGGGCAAGCGGAGCAAUACAACCAAGGCGACCCCUGUCACGCUAUCCGUGAAUUUUUGCAACAUCAGGGGACUUCAUUCCAACCUUAACGCUGUCCAUUACCAUCUAGAGACGGCGAAGCCGGCCUUGCUCUUUUUAACCGAGACUCAGGUGUCCUCUCCGGCUGAUACUUCAUAUCUCUCCUACCCGGGGUACAAAUUGGAACACUCCUUUGUGCCCCGGGCUGGAGUUUGUGUAUACGUCAGAGAGGACAUCUGUUUUCGACGCCUCGGCAGCCUUGAAGGUACGGACCUGUCCAUCCUAUGGCUGCGCGUAGACAGCGACGACCAUCCCCGCGUCUACGGGUGCCUCUAUAGGUCCCAUAGCGGUAAUACCGACACAGACCGACUCAUCGACCACGUCCAAAUGGCUGCAGACUCCGUGCUACAACAGGUCCCAUCCGCAGAGAUCGUGAUACUCGGUGAUUUCAACGCCCACCACGCUGAAUGGCUUGGUUCUCGUUCAACCGAUCAUGCGGGUAGAUCUGUCUACGACUUUGCUUUGGCAUAUGGUCUAACACAACUGGUUACUUCGCCUACGCGGAUCCCAGAUGUGGAAGACCAUGUACCUUCCCUGUUGGACCUUCUGCUGACCUCUCAUCCGGACGGAUAUCAGGUCUCCGUCGAUGCCCCUCUGGGCUCUUCGGACCAUUGUCUGAUCCGGAGCACAGUGCCACUCACGCUCCAAUCGCAGUUGCGAUCUACAGCUUGCCGCCGUGUUUGGCACUAUAGGUCAGCUGAUUGGGACGGGAUGCGGUCUUUUUUUGCAUCCUACCCUUGGGGGCGGGUUUGCUUCUCGCCGGAAGAUCCCAGCGUUGUUGCCGAUUCUGUUGCUGAUGUGGUACUUCAGGGUAUGGAACUUUUUAUUCCAUCCUCUGUGGUGCCCAUCGGAGGCAGAUCCCAGCCAUGGUUUGGUCGCUCCUGUAAAAUAGCAUCACGCUAUAAGCAGGAGUGCUACCGGGCCUGGGCUGACGCAUCAACGUCUCGGGAUUUAAACACCAGCGCACUUAAAAAGAAGUAUAAUUCCGCCUCCAGGUCCUUCAAAAGCGUCAUUGCCAAGGCAAGGUCUGAGCACAUCGGCAGAAUUGGCGAGAAGCUAGUUCGCCUUCCUUCGGGAACCCGUGCAUUCUGGUCUCUCGCCAAGGCUGUCCAAGGGAACUUCUGUCAGCCAUCCCUCCCAUCUCUGCACAGAGAGGACGACUCACUGGCCCAUGCCGCAAAAGAGAAAGCCGAUCUGUUGUGCUCUCUUUUUGCGUCCAACUCGACUCUAGAUGACGGGGGGAACACACCGCCGACCAUCCCGCGAUGUGAGUGCUCCAUGCCGGAUGUGCGAUUUACACAGCGCUCGGUUCGCAAAGCACUCUUCUCCCUGGACGUCAGCAAGUCGAGUGGGCCCGAUGGAGUCCCUCCCAUUGUGCUGAAGACGUGUGCUCCGGAGUUGGCACCGGUUUUAACGCGUCUUUUCCGGUACUCCUACUCCCAAGGCGUAGUCCCGAAUUCAUGGAAGACAGCUUUGGUCCACCCGAUCCCUAAAAAAGGCGACCGCUCAGACCCGUCCAACUACAGGCCUAUCGCCAUCACCUCCUUGUUCUCCAAAAUAAUGGAAUCCAUUAUAAACUGCCAGCUCAUGAGGUACCUUGAGGAUCACCAGCUGAUCAGUGACCGUCAGUACGGUUUUCGUCGGGGUCGAUCAGCAGGUGAUCUUUUAGUUUACUUAACUCAUAGAUGGGCGGAGGCAGUAGAGUCCAAGGGGGAGGCAUUGGCCGUUAGUUUGGACAUAGCGAAGGCCUUCGAUCGGGUCUGGCACAAGGCGCUUCUUUCGAAGCUUCCUUCCUAUGGGCUUCCCGAGAAAUUGUGCAAAUGGAUCACCAGUUUCCUUGCUGAUCGGAGCAUCAAGGUCGUAGUAGACGGUGCAUGCUCUGAUUACAAGCCUAUCAACGCUGGUGUUCCACAAGGCUGCGUGCUAUCACCAACGCUGUUUCUCCUGCAUAUCAAUGAUAUGUUGCUAACUGGUAGCAUUCAUUGCUAUGCAGACGACAGCACUGGGGAUGCCUUAUAUACCGGCCGUGCCAAUAUUUCUCGGGAAAACGUCGCCGAGUACCGGGACAAACUUGUGUCUGAAGUCGAGUCUUUGCUUAACAAAGUCUCGGAUUGGGGCCGACUAAAUCUAGUCCAGUUCAAUCCCCAGAAGACACAAGUUUGCGCGUUUACCGCUAAAAAGAACCCCUUUGUCGUAUCUCCUCAGUUUCAAGGCACUCCCCUUGCUGCCUCAGCCAGUAUCGGAAUCCUUGGCGUCGACAUAUCGAAUAGCGUGCAGUUUCGUGGUCACUUGGAAGGGAAGGCCAAAUUGGCCUCUAAAAAGCUUGGCGUGCUCAGCAGAGCGAGACAGUAUUUCAUGCCGGCACAUCGCUUGCAACUUUACAAAGCGCAAGUUCGGCCCCACAUGGAAUACUGUUCUCAUCUCUGGGCCGGGGCACCCCAGUGCCAGCUCCUUCCACUUGACCGCAUCCAGCGCAGAGCGAUUCGAAUCGUCAACGACCGAGUUCUUUCCGAUCGGCUCGAUACACUGGCACUGCGUAGAGAUGUUGCAUCUCUUUGCGUAUUUUAUCGCAUCUAUCACGGGGAGUGCUCUGAGGAAUUGUUCGGACUAAUUCCAGCCGCUCAAUUUCACCAUCGCACGUCGCGACAAAACUCGCGUUACCAUCCAUACCAUCUGGAUGAUUGGCGGUCCACCACUGUGCGAUUUAGAAGAAGUUUUCUCCCUCGCACAACUUCUUUGUGGAAUCAAUUACCACCAGCGAAUUUUCCGAACCGAUACGACUUAGGAACCUUCAAGAAAAGAGCUUACACCUUUCUAAAAGGCCGGCAACGCAUCUGCAAUUCCCCUGGUGUUGCGGUUGUUCAUGGGCGGCGGUAG